UUAGUAAUCAUUUUGUUUAUAAUUCGAUUUACACAAUUUACCUACGCGACAGUUUUUUUGUUUUUCUUUUUUUUUUUUUAACUAGAACAAAAUUUGUUUUGUACCGUUUUAACUGUGUGGCAGGAGGCAAACGCAACGAAAUGGCAUAUGUGGCCAGCAGUGAUCGGCAUGGGAACGAGAUAAUGCGGGUAAUGCUAUGCACCGAACAGCGUACUGUGGCCUCCCAUCACAAUUUGCAUAUCAAUUGCAAGCCAGCAAAGAGAGAGACAUUGUACGGAGACCAUGAUCAUCACCACAGAUUUGACAAUUAUGCCAAUAAGACACAUAAAAUGGCUAAAAUUGAUAUGGACAAGAUUAAAGUGAUAAAGCCACAUCCUUGUAUGGGUUGGAAUGUCAAAGAGAGUGUUAAGAAAUGGUCAAAAGAUGAGGUCAAUGCCCAUAGUACAUUGCUAUCAAGUGCUUCUUUAUUAAGACCUUCAACUGAAUCAGAAGCAAAGUUAGAUAAAGAGAGUGGCAAUCGUCCAACAUCUUUGAUGACAUUCUGUUCCUGGUUGUCAGCUAAAAAUGAAGCUCAAAAACAAUUGGCCGAGAAGGAGCGCCGCAAUGCCGAGACGCAGAAGGAGAGGGCCAAACAACGAGCUUGUUUGGCAGAGGCCAAAUACGAAAAUUGGUUGUCCGAGAAGACAAGACAAUUGCAACGAUCCACAUCAAAUUUAAACUGCAAGGAUCUAGAAAAACGGGAUUCUCUUUCAACUGCUUCAACAUUAUCCCAACUCGGUCCAGAGGAGGACCCAUCACAUCGUCUCUACGAAUGGGAGCAAGAAAAGUUAAAUGAAAUGCGAAGGCAACGUGAGGAACGCGAAGAACGUGAUUCAUUUAAUUUAAUUUUCGAGCAACAGCGUCGUGAAUUAGGUGAAGAGGCCUGGCUACAAUGGGUAAAAUCAUCGCACAAUAAACCAAAACCAGUGCCAAUGGGUCAAGGACUGGACUCUCUGCGUGGUACCAUUUCCCCACAUUUUGUGAAUCCCAAUGAAUGGCAGCCUUUGAUAAAGGACAAUACAAAUGAAGGUGAGAAUGGACAGGAGCAGCUCAAAAUUAAACAGCGUGCAGGCCCCGAUUAUUCACGUUUGGAUCGCCUGGCUCAGCCGAAAAAGAAACUGUGGAUGCAAACUUUUGGUCAGCCCAUCAAGUUGCAAAUUAAGCCAAAUGGAUCCCUUAUGAAUAUGGAUCGGUCACCAUCGACUCAGGCCCCAAGCAAGCAAUCAAAGAUCUCUUUAUGAUGAUGUACUAACUGACAGACAAGAACAAACCGAAGAGAGUACAGUGGGCAAAAGAAAUUCGAACAUUGAGUUAGAUGGUUUGAAUAAAAACCACUCGAAAUCAUUAACAACUAAACUAAUAAAACAAAUUCCCUGGCGUUAGUUUAAGUAAGAUUUAAGCUAUUUUAUAAGUCCUAUUCAAAAGAUAUGUAUGUAUUAGAAUCUGUAACUUUUAGAUCUAACCGAAAAUAAAUUUAUUUCAAUCGGAAA